AUGUCGUCCUCUCACCCUUCUCGAAAGAUAGUCGACUUCCGCACCGAGUCUUCUGUAGAAUUUAUUGAGAAAUCUUAUAGACUAACUAUGGCAAAGCAACUCUUUGAGACGUUUGACGGACGCGAAGUCACGGAUGCCAUGUUAACGGAAGCGGCCGGUUUGUUCAACGAAAACUACGGAAUAUGGGGAACGGAUCCUACGCAUUCUCGAUCAGUACCUAAAUAA